AAAUCAGAGAUUAGUCUGUAAUCAACCAUGUUAGUCACUGUUAACAAAUAUUCUUAUGGAAUGGAGAUGGACCCAUUGAAUAUUUCAUACUUUGCUCCCAUUCCAAUGCCAUAUAAGAAAUCAAACAACAUUUACAUGGGACCACUGCCUUCUUCACUUUCUCCUUAAUCUCUGCAAGAAAACUCAAUCAUUGCUCUACUUUCCUGCUAAUCAUCCCCCUUUUAUGUUUCCACCAAGAAUGAAAAUGAACCCUUUUUUCGCUCUCCAUAGUACGCUAUCCCUGCCUACAUUGUAAAAGGCAAACACCCAUUUUUCUUAAAUCUCAGAAAGUUUCCUCCUUUUUCCUUUUCUUGUUUUGUAUCUUGAUUUUUCAAGAUCACAUUUUUGGGUUUUUAGUCUUGGCGGUGAUGAUGGUGAAGAAGCUCUGCUGCUUUCAGUAUUUUGUUCUUUGUAGUCUGCUUCUAGCUGUUCUUGUUUCCUCCAAGCACCAGGGAAAUUCUGCUAAUGACCUUGUCGAUAUCAUCAACAAGAAUAGAACUGUUCAAAAGCUUCCUCAACUUAGUAAUAGUCCUGGACUUGGGUGCAUAGCCUUGCAAUAUGCAAUGGAAUGCAUGGGGAACUGCAGUUCCAACAACAGUGUAAAUUGUCACCCUUCUGAAGAUGACUUCACUGAAAUUUUUGCUCCAAACUGUGGUGUAGAGCUACCUACUUUUGGAACCAUAUCUGGCUACAUUCUCGGCUGUCAACCAAAGUAUCUCGAGCCAUUGGAAGCCUUCUCAAAUGUACUUGUUCAUGACAAAAAGGCUCUUUCUCUUUUGAGGAAUAAAACUCAUACUGAGGUUGGCGUUGGGAUUAUCAAAGCUCACAAGCACAAAGGACCUUACUUAUGGUGCAUUUUGUUUAGUAGUAGCCAGAGAAACACCACAUUCGUACUUGAUGAUCUUGGUGAAGGGAUUAAGCAAAAGAAAGGGUGUUAUAGUGGAACCAGCUUCCCUUGCAGUAAAGCACAUAAAGGCAAAGGUCUUUUAUCGAACAAAAUUUGGGUUUUGGUUUUGCUCUGUGUUAUCUUCUUUCAAGAACUCCUUCGCGAACUUUUUUGAUAUUACUAUAUAUCUCUACUCAACUAAAAUUUUUUCUCUCAUCCCGCUGAAUCAACCUUGGGCACUCAUUCAUGAUUCUGAAUUGUAAAUUUGUUUUUAAAUUUCCGAUGGCCAGUCUUCCCUUCUUGCA